AUACGUUGGCAACCAGAUGCAAGUGGGUUCUGCUUGAGUUCAGAAAAGCAGUUUCUGCAAAAUAAAAAGUCCUUUACAAAAUGGAGUUAGGCUAAUUUGAGUUGGGACCUUAUAGUUUGUAUCUAAUGGAGGAGGCAGGCUUUGCCCUGGCAGGUGACUGCAUUUGCAGCUGGGGCCAAGGAUUCCAGUCUGAUACACAAUACUAAGGAAUAGCAGAAGAAGCAGCGCAUUGCAUGCAGAAACCUCAAAGGAUGACUGCAUAGCCAUCUAGAGGACUGAGAAGGGGGUCUGGAGACAUGGCCAGAAAGGCUCUCAAGUUUGCUUCAUGGACCAGCAUGGCUCUUGGUGCCUCUGGUGUCUACCUCUACAGUAACAAGUACUUGGACCCUAGUGACUUUGGUGCUGUCAGGGUGGGCAGAGCAGUUGCUACGACAGCUGUCAUCAGUUAUGACUACCUCACCUCCUUGAGGAGUGUCCCCUAUGGCUCAGAGGAGUACUUGCAUCUUCGAUCUGAGGUGCACCUCCGCUCUGCCAGGCGUCUUUGUGAGCUCUGCUGUGCCAACCGGGGCACCUUCAUCAAGGUGGGCCAGCACCUGGGGGCUCUGGACCAUGUGCUGCCAGUGGAGUACACAAGCACACUGAAAGUGCUGCAUAGCCAGGCCCCACAGAGCAGCAUGGAAGAGGUCCGCCAGGUCAUCCGCGAGGAUCUGGGCAAGGAGAUCCACGACUUGUUCUUGAGCUUUGAUGACACCCCUCUGGGAGCAGCCUCCCUGGCCCAGGUCCACAAGGCUGUGCUGCAUGAUGGACAGACGGUGGCCGUGAAGAUCCAGCACCCAAAGGUUCAGGCUCAGAGCUCCAAGGAUAUUCUCCUGAUGGAGGUGCUCGUCCUGGCUGUGAAGCAGCUAUUCCCAGAGUUUGAGUUUAUGUGGUUGGUGGAUGAGGCCAAGAAGAAUCUACCUCUGGAGCUGGAUUUCCUCAAUGAGGGGAGGAAUGCUGAAAAAGUGGCCCAAAUGCUCAAGCACUUUGACUUCUUAAAGGUCCCCAGAAUCUACUGGGAGUUGUCCACCAAGCGGGUCCUGCUGAUGGAGUUUGUGGAGGGUGGGCAGGUCAACGACAGGGACUACAUGGAGAGGAAUAAGAUUGAUGUCAAUCAGAUCUCCCGCCACCUGGGCAAGAUGUAUAGCGAGAUGAUCUUUGUCAAUGGCUUCGUGCACUGUGAUCCCCAUCCAGGCAAUGUGCUGGUGCGGAAGCACCCGGUCACAGGCAAGGCAGAGAUUGUCCUGUUGGACCACGGACUCUACCAGGUGCUCACUGAGGAGUUCCGCCUGGAUUACUGCCACCUGUGGCAGUCUCUGAUCUGGACCGACAUGCAGAAGGUGAAGAUGUAUAGCCAGCGCCUUGGAGCUGCGGAUCUCUACCCCUUGUUUGCUUGCAUGCUGACAGCCCGGUCGUGGAACUCUGUCAAUAGGGGCAUCAGCCAAAUUCCAGUCACUGCUACUGAGGACUCAGAGAUCCGCAGCAAUGCAGCCACCUACCUCCCUCAGAUCAGCCAGCUUCUCAGCCACGUACCGCGCCAGAUGCUGCUUAUCUUCAAGACCAAUGACCUGCUGCGCAGCAUCGAGGUCACCCUGGGCACCCGUGCCAGUGCCAGCUCCUUCCUCAGUAUGUCACGGUGCUGCAUCAGGGCACUGGCUGAGCACAAGAAGAAGAAUACCCAUUCAUUCCUCAGAAGGACCCAGAUCUCUGUCAGCGAGGCCUUUAACUUAUGGCAGAUCAACCUACAUGAACUCAUGCUGCGAGUGAAGGGGCUGAGGUUGGCCAGCUGGGUCUCGACCCUGAUUUGCUGGCUGAUGCCUGUUUCACAUUGAGUGUGCCCCUGUCCCUUUCUAGUGUCCUUUCACUCCUGUCUUUCCUUAACUCCCUGUCUCCACCCAGUUGCCCCAUUUCUGCCCCACAGUGGCCUACAGUCCCAGGGUCACUGUCCAUGGCACUGUUACUCCACCGUUGGAUGCUACUCCCUACUGCAGCCUUUUCUCGGGGCCUUUAGGCUGUACCAUGGAAUAUAUUGUUUUCCUUCUCCAGGGGCACGAUGCAUUAACCUCUUUCCCAUGCAUGUCUGUGAACCCGUGCUGUUAUAUCAGGGUGGCCCUAUGUGCCACAGAGGGCACAUUGAACCUGUAGGAAGUCUGACUUUGUGGGAGGUGGACCUGCUAGAGAGCAGGUUCCCUGUUCUUACCAGGCCACUCCCCAGUGGUGUCACCCCUAAGCAAGGCAGUGUGCCAUCUGAGUAGAUCCAUACAGCUGUAGGCUUGCUGCUGUGUCACCAUCCCUGAGUGUUUACUGUUGCGUUUCAGUAAAUCCCCUCAAGAUUGCAGGGCUUGUCCAUCCUAGCUCAUGGCCCCAUUCCCACUAUGUCCUGGCCCUUGCCAAGUGCUUUCAGCUCCUCUUGGUGGCUGCUUCCUAGGGUUUCCAGGAGGCUGAGGGGAGUAAGGUUAGGGCUUGGUUGCAGGAUUUCUGUUCUUGGUUGGGGGUUAGUCCAUGAGGCCAGCAGUGGACCUGAACACUGGAUGCUACCAGAACCUUCUGCUUGGCUCUGGUUCCUGAGUCCUUGUAAGCUGUAGGUCUCCUUUUACAGUGGGGCCACUUUCCUUCCAGUCUCUUAGACCUGGGAGGUGUUAAGCCCAAGGCCCAGACUGAGAGGCUCAGGAGAGGCUUCAGGCUUUUUCCCUGGCUUCUUACUUUACCUCCCAUGAGCGGGCUUCUGCCUUGCUCUACUGCUUUCCUGCUUACUCCUCUGGCUCUCAGCUGAUGACCUCAGUUUCAGGUCUGGGAUUCUGGCACGUCCUCUCAAGCCUUCUGGAUGCUAGUCUUCUUACCAAAACAGCAGUCAUUAUGACUAGAUUUUGUCUCAGAAACUUCCAUGUCAACUGUUUGAAUUCUGUUUCUACCCUAUUGCCCACCACCAGCACCAAACUCCAUCUUCUGCUCCUGUUUCUGUGACACCCCCAAACCUGCUCUAACUCCUGUGUCUAUGUAGUCCUCUAGUUCCUAAAACCCCAGAUUUGGCACGUCUUUGCCCCCUGAGCACUCAGAUGGUAACUGUAUUUAAGUCUCUGAUCUUAACUCCACCCUUUUCAUGGCAGCAGAAAAAAAUCCUGAGCCUCAGCUUCAUUUUCUGUUCUCUUUAUUCAUGAUACA